UCUCUUUACGGCGGGAGUCUCCGCGACACUGCCAUCAACUGCAUGGACGAUGAUGACCUUCUGGCAGCUCGCCUUUUAGGACUGAACAGAAACACUGGACGUCGGAGCUCCGAGAGCGGUUUAGCCACUGAGUACUGGGGACGAAGCUCCACCCCGGCGCCACCAUGUACGACUCCGGCAUGGGAGGCUCGAUACGACAAAAACCGGCAGAAAAACCUCGCAAACCUCGCUCUUGGCAUCCAUCUCCUUACGCUUCUGACGACGACGACGACCUCUUGUCUCGCGAGGAGAAAAAGCAGAAAAUUAAAGCCGAGAUCGCGAGGCGAAGGCAGCAGAUCGAAGAAAACUCCGGUUGCACGAAGAGCUGCUACGUCUCGCCAGGUUACGGGAAAGUGCCGAGUUAGGUUACUCCGACCCGAGAGCUUACGGGCCCUAUGACCAAAGUCCUCCGCAGU